GGUCAUUUCCCUCAUUUUAGAUUGUCUCUCUCCUCCCUCCUCUGUGUGGAGGAUGGGGGCAUGGGCCCAAGUUUUAUUGAGGGUGCUUUUCCUGUUGGGAGUAGAGACAGGUCAUAAAAGCCUAGAGGAGGCUGUUUUGAUCUGGUGACUUAUCAGGAAGUAGCAACUGAAGUUUUGCUUUGUAAAUCACUCUCCCCCAAGCUGGCCAACUAGAUUGGAUUGCACUUCUCUAAACCCACCUGGGCGCUCCCCCCUUGCCUUCUUUUCCCCAGUCAACUAAAAGGGAAAAAUAAAAGUCCAGUUGUCCCCAAUCCUCUGCCUCCAUGAGAAAACAGCUCAUUGCUGAGAUUUCUUGUCCCCUCAAAGUUCCAGAUUUAAAAUCGCACAACCUCUCAUUUUCUUUUGUCCAUGCAGACCGUGAUCUACCAACCCCUCAAUUAAAAAGGAAUUAACAUUGAAAUCAAUCAGCUUCUGAGCCUGGCACUUGGCAUCAUGAUUCCUGGGCACUAUAUUCUCCUUGGGUCUGCUGUCUCCCUGUGAUCCCUUUUACUGAACCCCAAGUCACUUUUGACAGGGUGGGGUUUCAGGUGUAGAAAGACAGUGCUCAUGGAAAGAAGGGAAGGGAGUGGGGCACAUUGAAGACCCCAUCUGGCACCUUAUGACUGGAGGGAACACUCCCUGAACUCUGUGACUGGGUUGUAUGUUGCUAAAAGGGGACGAGGGGGGUGUGUGUGAAAACCCACAGCCUCCUCACAUCCCUCUCAAGAUGUUUCCAAACAAAAUCAUAUUUUAUACAAAUGGCUCUAUUUUGUAAUCUUAAUGAGUCUUCCCCUCCUAAAGACACCCCAACCUCCCCCCACUCCACUGAAUCCAUGCUCUGAGUGUUAGGCUAGGAAAGGAAGCAAAGAGCCCUCUACCUCUGUCUCAAUUUGGACUACAUCAGAUCAGGAGGUUUUCAGGCCCAGGCAUCAGGGCUCCUAUCCAUCGCCAGAGAAAGGCCCCCAUAUGCUGAAAAUGAGGUCAUAGAUUAAAGGAGUUCCUGGGCGUCUUAGCCCUUGUGCAGGGUUCAGUUUACCCUCAUUUAUUUCCCAGAGAAUUCUGGGCUGGGACAUCCCAAACCACAAGCACUAGAGAAUUCUCCUUCAAUGAAAAUACUCAUUUCUUUAUAGAGCACUGAGCACUCACUCCUAGAGCUGUACCCGAGAACACGUAUUUAUAGAUGGAUCUAUGUCUGUGUAACAGGAUGUGUUUUACAUUGCUCUCUAUUCCCCCAUUUAAAUGCAGAUGUAUAUAUCUUUAGAUUUAUAGAUCCACAGUGAACAUACCAGUCCUCUGUCGAAUUCCUGUGUGCACAUUACCAAUCUUCCUAUAGCGGCUAGAUGUAUAUGCUGGGAUGUAUUGGUACAGCUCUCUUUAAACAUCUAGAUGAAUAUUUGGGUAUUUUUUUCUCUGUUGGCAAGAAGUAUGCAUGUGUUGCCCAAUCUCUAUUUUGAAAUUUGUAUCUAGAUUUAUGUAAGGGUCCCAGUCCAUAAAAUAGCUACAUAUUGAAGCUACUUAUUUGGAGAUCCUUAGAGUCUUUGCAGUUGUGUUGCAAACUUAAAUAUUUGAACAUAUGUUUAGAGAUGGCUCCACAAGGCAUAUAUCUAUAUGUAGAGGCAUAGAUCUUCCCCUGGAAGUAUUUAAACUCACUGCAUCUCUUUGUCUCUAUCUCUGUGAUCAAUAAGACAUCAGGUGAGUGGGAUUGGGGAACAGAUAUCUUUUGGAUAUUUAAUAAAGCAAGUGAUUCUCCUGCAAUUGAUUAUCUUCAAAUCCAGUCCAACUGAGUUUCUGCCCCCUUAAAACCCAUUCUAGGGACCACAGCCUCUCCAGGCUGUCCCUGUGACCCAGCCCAGGCUCCCCAACAUGCAGUACCACCCAAGAGGGCUACUAAGGUGAAAGGGGAGAGGAGAAAAGGGAGAGAGUCAUUCAGCCAAGCCUCUCUUGGCUCCCAAGGUGGAGAGGCUGACAGAGGCAUGUGAUUUCUCCUUCCACACCCCAACUGGGCCUUUGAAAUUUGGGGGAAAGGGUGUUCAAGUCCCAGACUAUUUUUAUAGGGUGCCUAAAUAUGCCAGGGUCACUGGCCGACCCAUAGGUGCCCCUCCCCAAUUAUUCUUGGUGCCCAGGGCCCAAUUAAGCAGCCGCCUUGCUCCCGGCAGCCGUGCUCUUAUCGGCCGGGAUUGAUGCCUCCGCGGCUCCUGUAUAUCAUUUCCAAGAUUUUUUCUGUCCAACUCCUCGGUUCCUUUGGCUUCUGCGGCUUUGACUAAUGAUUGCUACAGAUGCCAACGUCUCCAGAAUCCUAAUAGCCAGGCAGGCGGACUCUUAUUUACCCGGCAACAUGCUGAGGAGGAAGGGGGCUAGGGGAGCAGGGAUUGGGGUGUUGUAGGUCCGGGGACAGGGAGAUGGUUGUGACCAACUCAAGUUUCACUCAACUUCUUCCCCAAUGAGAAAGCCAUUCCCAACUGCCUCCAGUCCCUGAGGGAAAAAAUAUCAUCAUACAAAAUACUGCUAAUAGUAACUCAUUGCUUGCCUUCUCGGAAAGGAUCAAGGAUCAAAAAUGAACAAGACGUGGGAAAAUAAUCAGAAAAGUAUUUAUUAGUUGUAAAUAGAUGAGAGAUGAAGCCGAAAGCCUGUCGGCUUGGGGAGGAAAAAGAGUUUUUCGUUGAGAGGAAAGGAAGGGAAAUAGGUCAGCCAUGGUAGUUGAAGGGGCUCCUUUUCCUUAUUUCAGGUCUUCCUCUUCCUCUGUCCACCCCACAUCCACUCUUGUCAUCAGUUAAAACUCUCCUUUUUCCCUUCCUUCACCUCACCUUCAGUCCGUCCAGGGGUAGGAGCCGAGCGGCGGUUCCCGGGAGGCUGCAGCUGGAGCCCGCGGGGCUGCAGGGUGGGGGCUUCUGACCGGGGCGGGGGGCCCAGGCAGACCCUGCCGUCCACUGCGGGUUGGGGAGCGCGGCCCCACUCGCGCGUAGGGGCAGAAAGUUGUGGCCGAAUUUGCUUCUCCCGCCGCUUCUGCGGCGCCGGCGCCGGCGCCGGCGCGGGCCGGGUCUUUGGGGGAAAGCGGCUCGAGCUCCCCGCGGAGCCCGGACGGGUGUCGUGCGGCCUCGGGGUCCAUCCAGACCUUGUACAACACACCUCAUUCGGGAGAAGAGAAAACAAAAUCGCGGAGCAGCCCGCCUGAAGCCCAGGCACGGAAGUGAUAACUCAAACAGGGAACAUUUUUCUGUCAGAGAAUAAUGGAGCACAAAAUAAUUCAAAAAGGCGAAUGGGCCGGACCGCAGGCUCAGCCCCGCGUGGCGGGCGGCUGCAGCCGGGCGGCGCCGAAUACCGCGGCAGGACCAUUUCGUUGGCGUGUAGAGCGAGGCCGCCGCCGCCGGACACAGGCCGCUCCAGCCGCAGCCUCUAAAUCACAGUCCGGCAGGAGGACUCGGAAGUACAAAAAGGGAGCCGAAAAGAUUUAAACAGUCGGAGGCAGAGGCGUCCCGACGCGGCCAAACCGAGAAUCAAUCACGUAAUUAAAACAGGGAGAGGGCGAGGCCCGAGGCUGGGGUCCCGGGUUCAGAGGAGGCGCCCAAGGUGCCGGCGUAGACUGGGAGCAGCCCGGGGAUGGGAUUCGCCCGUCCGGGCGCAGCGCUCCAGGGGCUGUGGGCAAGUUUAUAGCAGAUGCUAUAGAUUCCCGCUUGGCUGGUAAGAGCAGGCUGUGCGUCCUGUCCAAGGCCGGAUCCAGAAGCCGCCGCUGGCCCCUUGGGCUCCCCCAUUUUAUGGGGUUUUAGUGCUUGGUUCAGGACUACUCCCCAGAUCCCAGCGGUGCUAUGGCUGUGUGUAGGCAAGUUUGUCUGUAAGCCCAGGUGGCACUAAGAUGCUGCCUCUUGAGUUUGAGGGGGUAGAAGGAGAUGGCAGUCUAGUUUCAGGCGCCUACAUAUUACCCUGGGCCUUCGUACCCCCAACCCAGAAACCCAGGCUUGCAUUUGGAAUGACUCCCACCUAUGGGCUGAGGCUUGGAGGGGGAGUAGGAGGCAGGUGGGCUUAUUAAAGAGAAAAUGGAGGCUAAGUGAACAGGACCCCUUUGGGCAGGGAAAGAGAAAGAGUAGCCUCUGGAAAACAAGGCACACGGGGAGCUCUGUUUUUGAGGGACGGGUGUUCUUGCUAUUAUCAGAUUGAUAAUAGUAAUUGUCUAGUAUGGCUGGGUCAGCCUUGAGAGAUGGAGUUCUACACGGUACUUUUUUUUUAAAGAGGCUUCGCUGGAGAGUCAAGGGCUCUCCAACUUGGCUGUGGUUGGAGAGAAUAAGAGAAAGACAUUCCCUUCCUUUCCCUGCCCUUUUCUUUCCCCAUCCUUGAGGACUCCAGAAAAAGGGGAACCUUACAAAAUUUCCUUCAUACCCCUCACUUCCCCUGGUUUCUCCAGUUCACGAAAAUGCACUGUGGUUGGGCUGUGGACUUUCCCAGAGCGCCCUUCUUAUGAAGUUUGAUAGGCAGUAACCGGGCCAAGUCCCUAUGAAUUAUACUCUACCCUGGAGGAGACUCAGGAUUCUCUUGCCUACUCCAUGUAAUUCUGCCUCUAUCCUUAGCCUUUUCCAGGCUCCCGCCUUCUUGGCCCUGGGUCCCUGAUCUGGCAGCUCAGAAGCCAAGAAUAUCUCCCUCAUCAACCUCCCCAAAAGGACCCCAGCUUCCUAUCAUCUCCUUAAUUCUGGGAGCAGCAGGCCAGGGAGCCCUCCAUAACCUGCCCUAAAACCAGCCUUAUUCCUAUAACUUUCAAAAGGUACCACGGAUCAGCUCCUUUAAAAGUCCUACCCCCACCCCAAGCAGGAAAGACCAGGUCACAAACCCUAGCAGCCAGCUUCCUGAAGUCUGAAGUUAGAGUUUGCAGCAGCAGUAGCAAUAUUCAUAAUAAUAAUAAUUAAAGGGAGAAAGGGACACCCCAGCCCAACUUUAAAGGGAUAUAAUCCAGCAACCUUGGGUAAGAGCGGGGGUCAGCGAGGCCAGGAUGAGCAAGGAAGGCGGUGGGAACCCAACCUCUAACUAACAAUUUCUCCAGCAUAAAAAUGAAACAUCAAAUUCGUUAGCCCAGGGCCUUCAUUUUUCCCCUUCCACAUUAUAACUAGUUAUUGAACUCGCUGGAAGAUCUAAAGGCCAUUUGCGAAGAGACAAAUUUCAAUGGAGUUUCCCCAUCAAUAACCCCAUGGCAGUGACCUAUUGGAACAAGUCAAACACCCGAGGUGAAAUGCAGGUCACUCUGUCUAACCAAUAUUAAAAUGCGGCCACUUUUUAAAAAGCCACUUUAAACGAGAUUUGAGGAAAAUUGAAUUCCAAGGAAGGCAAGGCAAGGAGGGGUAAAUCCACGGGAGGACCUUGCCUAUAGUCUCCCAACAAACAAGAGAAAUUCAUCUUUAAUAUUUUAAAGGGGGGCAAAUUAACAUUCCAUGAUUGCUUUUUUUUGUGUGACCAUAAGCAAUUCAAGGAGGGAAAAAAGGUUGAGUAUUUUCUUGAGACACGUCCUGGUUAUUAAAAUCAUUUUAGGCCAAUUCAUUACUUUUACUGACAAGAGAUUUAAGAAAAAAUCAAUUAGGUAUUUGCAUAUUCUUUUGCAUACAUUAGCCCUGCCUGCUGGCAUUAGAAAGGGACAAAAACACAUAUAUACACACAUAUACACACACACACAAGAAAAAAAAUAAGAUAAGAGUCUUGAUUUAGUUUGGGGUUUUCAAGUUGCUUGGAGGAAAAAAUGAAAUAAAUUGCUUGAUUGCAUACCAUCUAAAAGUCAAUUUAUUUGAGGAAGGGAAAAGAGACAUGCUGAAAAUUUUAAUCUCUAAAACAACAACACACACACCAAAAGAAAAAAAUUCUGUGACUUUUGGAAGUGGGGAAAGAAAUGACCCUCAUUUUCCUUCUCUUUGCCCUCCAAAUCCCGAGUUGGCUCUCCCAUUUAUAGUUCUCCCUAGGAAAAUCCAGGGAGUCUGAGAGGUGAGAUUUUAAUGCAGCACAGAAUCUGUGGAGCUGCUGAGGUCUCUCAGCCGGCAGCUUGUUACUGGGGAGGGGAGGAAUAUGGGUUAUCCAACGGUCAGUAUGGUAAUCCGGGCACAAUAAGGCCUCGCACACAAUGGACACAUAUUUUUCUUCAGCGGUGUCAGAAGGGAAGCGCUUUGUACUGAAACAUGUUUCCGAAAGAGAAACCAGAUCGAGAUUUAGAAGGGAGAUGGGGAGGAGAAUGUUCGGAAAACAUUUUGGAAGCUGGGGAAAAGGUGAUCAGAAAAAAUAAAAAAUAAAAUUGGGGCAAAGAAAGGUGGAGGGCAGAUCGAGGGUGGAGAUCCGUGCGCUGGCAAAGCAGGAGGGCAAAGCACAAAAGGAGACAGGACCAGAAACAAGGAUUCCUCCCAGGCAAGAGCUGCUGUAGUGCCCCUGCCCCCCACCUCAAUGAAGCCAAUGCUAAGUGCGGGAGCCCUCUGAAGAGAUUUUAUUUCUGUGCUUGUAAUAAAACCCAGGUGAAAAUGUUUGUAUGUAUGUGUGUGAUGGAGUCUGGCUUGCUAAUUUCCCCAUGUGAUAGGCGACUUCCUUGCUAUUAAGCUAUAGGAGCCCGAAGAGAGUCUUUUUGGCAAAUGAUGUAGAUGAGUAUGGGUAUAUUUGGGGAAAUGUCCCAGAUUUAAGUUUCUGGGUGUGCAUGUUGAAUUAGUUGCGCAAACCUGGACUGAGAACUCCACAUAUUUAUGGCUGCAUAAGGAGGCAUUUAAUAUAUUUAAAAAUAUUUAGAGUAUGUAUUCGUGUAUAUUUGUUAGCUGUGAUAACCAGACAGACUUGUUACUCAGUUGGAGGCAACUGAACUCUGUAUCUACUUAUACCUACUGGUUCGAAGUGGGUUUGCUGCUUCUCUUCCCUUGACCCACCUGCAGGAGCUCAGAAUCCUUGGGAUUGGGGUGUAGGAUGCACAAUGCCUUGGGAAGGACUCCCUAACAAGCCCGAGAGUGAAGAGAUUGAAGAAAAGGGGGUUGAGCUGGUAGACAUAAAAGGUGAGCGUGAGAGCUGGGAGGAGGGAAGCCAGGCCAAGACCUUACUGUGGGGAAGAUAAAAUGUCCUGCCAGAAUGGGAUGGGGCAGCGUGAUGCAGGUGCCAGCCUGGGGGAGAGGUUGGGAGUGGGUCUGGAAGGCUUUCUCCUCCUUCCCCAACCCCGACCCUACGUGAGUUUUCUGGAGCUGUGGCUUUCUCCACUGUGCAGUCCGGGCUGUGGUUCAGACUUUUUAUGUAGGUCCGCAUUCAGUAUUGUUUUCCCUUUGUCCUCUUCCAGCAACUUAUAUGAACCCACCCACCAACAAUAAUUACAACAAAUAAAACCCUCACUCACCCCAAACCAUUGUCAACCAAGCAGUACACCCUCUUCCUCACAGUGUCAGGUUACUCUUCCCACCCAAACUUCCAGCCCAAGUAGAUGCAAAGGGUCCUGGACAAGAGUGGGCAAGGGUUCUCAACCAACUUUGGAAAUUUGGGACUCUCUUCUAAGAAAUUCCCUCGGAAUUUCUCAUCACUCACCCCUGGUGGCAGGGGGCAAGGCACUGUCCCUCUUGAGGAAGGUAUUUAUGGACCCCCAAGUCCCUUCCUGUGAGCCUGGGGUGAGGGUGGGGGCCUAAGCACUGGAGCAGGGCAGGCAGUGAGCGGUUCAGGGCCUCUCUCACUCCAGUCCUCAGAGAAAGCCCUUAUUUGCAAAUGGGGACCCUCUCCUGCAUCCCAAAGGUAGUGAGAGACAGGUGGGCAAUCUCCUGCCUUCGGUCUUUCUCUCACGAGGGCUUUUUUUCCCUUUCCCCUUCUCAUUCCCUUAAUUGCAGAUGUUCUAAUUAAACCCUCAAAUAGUUGUUAUGCCGUUUUAAAAGGUACUUAUUCAAGUGUCAACCAGGCUGGGCUGGGAGGAGGCAGCGUAGGGCGGCGAAUUAAAGGUAGAUUGACUAAUCACGGCGGCGAUCAUAAUAAUAAAAUCAGAGGGAAAAAAAUCACAUUACGACUUUUCGUGGAAAGGAGGGAACAGGCAGCCAGCGGCCGCCAGCCCUGCACUGCCGCCGACACAAAGAGCGCGGCGAUUCCGCGAGACUGAUUUAUGACGUUUUACAGCCCUAUAAAAGCUGUAGCGACGAGGCAAGCGCUCCUACCACCGCUGGCAGAUUUAGUCUAAUAAAUAAAACAUAAACAGUUAACUUUAUGUGUCACUUUUAUUGUUAUCAAGUAAAAUAUAGCUGAGCCCCGGCAAGCUAUGAUUUUAAACUAUAAUUGUUAUCAAGUACAACAGGGGGACCCGGCUCCCUCCCUGGGCUCUCCCUUCUGCCACCCCCCAACCCUGACUUAUGGGAUCAGCUAAUUGGAAUUGGUGGCAUGACGUGGCCACCCCUAGCUGAGGGGGGUUGGAAAGCAGCCCUUCCUUGCCCCCUCCCUCCUCCAUGGCCCUGCCACCCAGCCAUCAGGGUCUUCAUGUGGGUGGGUGGCAGAGAAGAGGGGAGAGGGCGGGAAUGGACUGGAGACCCCUAAGGCUGGCCCAGCCUCCCCAUCUUAGUGAGCUCACCCCUCAGCUUUUGGAAGGCAGCCUGGAGCUGGCUCUUGGGAAUGUGUGUUUACAUGUAAACACAUGUGUUACAUGGAUACAAUCCCUAGCCCGGAAGCAGGCUGUAUCCACACAGGCCUCGCUCUUAGCUGGAUCUACCCUCUGUGGGGAUGGAGGAAGAAGAGCUCCCAGGGCUUUGACUGGGCACCACCACAGGGCACUGACUCCGGCAGACUGCUCUCCUCCCUGCCCACAGCUUCUCGGGAAGCAGCCUUGGAGGUGGCUGUCAGAAAGCAGAAGGCCAGAAGGAAUGGAGAAUGGAAACAGCAGCCAGCAGAAGAGAUCCUCUGUUCUGGGGCCAGGGCAGGGAGGCGGGGGGCUUAACCCCCAGACCUCCAGAAAUGACGUCAGAAUCAUUUGCAUCCCGCUGCCUCUACCUGCCCGGUCCAGCUGGGACCCUGCCUCGCCAGCCCCUUGGCCAGAGGGUUGGUCCUCCUCAUUCAACUUCCUCUUCCUGAGAAAGAGGGGCGCUACCCGGUGACCUACACAGACUGAGACAGGAUCGCCAUGAAUGGAGACCUCUGGAAAAGCUCAGGAGCCCAGGCCCAAGGGGUCUACUGGAGGCCUACGGGGAGACCCUGGGAGGCGCCUGGAUCACAGCCUCCCGACAGCCCCCCAAUGCCCAGGCUGUGGAGAGGAGCUUGGGGCUUCCUAUCUGCUUUUGCAGGGAGGGUUGUCGUCCCCAGGGUGUGCACUGGGGGCACCCCAGCCCUUGCCAGCUAACCCCACAUUACCACCCCCGCCCCCCAAGUACCACCACCACCACCAGACACAAAAAAAUUGGAUACAUUUUGAAUAAAGCGAUUCGGUUCCUUAUCCGGGGACUGGGUUGCUCCGUGUGAUUGGCCGGCGGAGUCACAUGGUGAAAGUAACUUUACAGGGUCGCUAGCUAGUAGGAGGGCUUUAUGGAGCAGAAAAACGACAAAGCGAGAAAAAUUAUUUUCCACUCCAGAAAUUAAUGAUCAUGAGCUCGUAUUUGAUGGACUCUAACUACAUCGAUCCGAAAUUUCCUCCAUGCGAAGAAUAUUCGCAAAAUAGCUACAUCCCUGAACACAGUCCGGAAUAUUACGGCCGGACCAGGGAAUCGGGAUUCCAGCAUCACCACCAGGAGCUGUACCCACCACCGCCUCCGCGCCCUAGCUACCCUGAGCGCCAGUAUAGCUGCACCAGUCUCCAGGGGCCAGGCAAUUCGCGAGGCCACGGGCCGGCCCAGGCGGGCCACCACCACCCCGAGAAAUCACAGCCGCUCUGCGAGCCGGCGCCUCUCUCAGGCGCCUCCGCCUCCCCGUCCCCAGCCCCGCCAGCCUGCAGCCAGCCAGCCCCUGACCAUCCCUCCAGCGCCGCCAGCAAGCAACCCAUAGUCUACCCAUGGAUGAAAAAAAUCCACGUUAGCACGGUGAACCCCAAUUAUAACGGAGGGGAACCCAAGCGCUCCAGGACAGCCUACACCCGGCAGCAAGUCCUGGAAUUAGAGAAAGAGUUUCAUUACAAUCGCUACCUGACCCGAAGGAGAAGGAUCGAGAUCGCCCACUCGCUGUGCCUCUCUGAGAGGCAGAUCAAAAUCUGGUUCCAAAACCGUCGCAUGAAAUGGAAGAAGGACCACCGACUCCCCAACACCAAAGUCAGGUCAGCGCCCCCGGCCGGCGCUGCGCCCAGCACCCUCUCGGCAGCCACCCCGGGCACUUCUGAAGACCACUCCCAGAGCGCCACGCCGCCGGAGCAGCAACGGGCAGAGGACAUUACCAGGUUAUAAAACAUGACUCACACCCUGCCCCCACCUCCUGCUCCCAUCCUCCCUUCACACACAAAUUGACUCUUAUUUAUAGAAUUUAAUAUAUAUAUAUAUUUUGGUUCUUUUCUCUCUUCCUCCCACCUUAUCCCUUGUCAAUUCCAAACAGACAAAACAGAUAAACAAGCCCCCUGCCCUUCUCUCCCUUCCACUGUUAAGGACCCUUUUAAGCAUGUGAUGUUGUCUUAGCAUGGUACCUGCUGGGUUUUUUUUUUUUAAGGCCAUUUUGGGGGGUUAUUUAUUUUUAAGGAAAAAAGCUGCAAAAAUUAUAUAUUGUAAGGUGCGAUGGUCUGGUUUGGGUGAAUUGCAGGGGAAAUGAGGAAAAGAAAAAAAGAAAGAGAUUUUAAAGCCAAUUCUCACCCUUCUUCUCCUUCUCCGCCUUACCCUCUCUUUCCUUAGGCCUUUUGCAUUGAAAAUGCACCAGGGGAGGUUAGUGAGGGGGAAGUCAUUUUAAGGAGAACAAAGCUAUCAAGUUCUUUUGUACUAUUGUUGGGGGGGUGCUGGGAGGAGAGGGGGGAAGACAAAGCUAAGUGCAUCUGAAGAGCCUCUCAAAGCUGUUCAGUUUGAGGAGCCAAAAGAAAAUAAAAAUGAACUUUCAGUUCAGAGAGGCAGUCUAUAGGUAGAAUCUCCCCCCUGCCCCUCAUCAUGGUUAUUGUGUUUUGGACUGAAUUUACUUGAUUAUUGUAAAACUUGCAAUAAAGAAUUUUAGUGUCGAUGUGAAAUGCCCCGUGAUCAAUAAUAAACCAGUGGAUGUGAAUUAGUUUUA